UACGCUUGCGGCCGGUCGCGCAACGCUCCCGCACUGAGUGUUCUCUCGAUAAGGUUGUUGUGAGAUCGCGUGAAGUGUUUCCAUGAAAACGUGUGCUUGUGUUAUUAUUACCUAACAACGAAUUCGUUUGUGUUGCUGUGAAUAUUUCGGAUUUACCCACAACCUUUUGUGUUCCGUCGAGACAUCAACUUCGUUCAAGUUUGCUCGUUUCAAAGAAGUUUAUAACUGUCCGAGAGAUAGUUUGCUUCGCGGGAAGUUUGUGUUAGUUCUUUCCACCCUACUGCAUUGUUUAGAGUCUCCACAUCAGCCCCUUUUCGUUUCGUGGCUUUAUAGCUCUAAAUUUAAUCCCCUUGGUGUGCUCUCGCGUUGUGUUAUCAUGAGUGUGGUGCCAUGUGAGAAACCGUUAUCCCGCCUGGAUUACUAAAUGUGUUUCGCGAGUUUCAAGGGAGGCCAGCUUGUUUUCAAUACUCAAAUGAAUGAGAUGCAUAUGGCAAAUCAUUUAGUCCGCUGGUGGAAAACUAAGGUUAUCAAUGGAUACAAACAUUUUACAGCAGUGUUACCGUCGGAUUGCAACGAUGGCCGACCCUCGGAUACGGAGGAGCUUCUGGGGAUGCCCUUCUACGACAACACGUGCACGGAUCCACCCACCAAAAUGACCAACCUGGAUUCGGAAAAAUCACCCAACUCCCCCAAAUGCUCAGCCAAAAAACAGUUGAAAUUCGAGGAAUUCGAGUGUGAUCUGUCUGUCGAAGGAGGCGUUAAUGGCCAGGAAUUUUCUUUCACCUUGUACGAUUUUGAUGGCCAUGGAAAAAUUACCAAAGAUGAUAUCGCGGGUCUAGUGACGACGAUCUACGAGACGAUCGGCUCGUCGAUCCGGGUGCCGCACUACGGGAGCAAGACGAUCAAGGUGAAGCUGACGGUCUCGCCGGACAAGGCGGCGCGAGCGCGGGCCGGCGGGGACGCGGCGCCCGGCGACAACAACAACGCCGCCCCGAAGAAGCGGGACCUCAACGUCACCAUCCGGGAGCGGCGGACCCCCGGGCACCCGCGCCGCGGGCACAAGUCCAACCUCCGGCGGCGGCACAGCAUCAGCAGCUCCGCGCCCAGCGAGGACCGCCACGACAUCGAGGCCGACAUCUCCGAGGAGGAGAACGACGCCGCCAACGAGAGGCUCUCCACCAACAACAACAAUUCCGAUUCUUUGUCACCUCAGAACAACUGCUGCAGUCGAACCAAGAAACGAUCAUCCUCUUUACAAAGGCAGGAACUUCUACAAAUUAUUCAAGCAAAUAUGGAGAAAAAUAAUCUAUGUUUCCAGACCUCAAGGAAACAUUGUGGUUUAGAUUCUUCGUUUCCAAAUCAUCAUAGAAACCGUCACAAGAGGCACUCAAGUUUCCACCAGUCGUCCACUCAGUGUCCUGCCUUCUCGCCUCAGUAUACUAAUAAGCUAUUUCCAACGAACAAGAACCAGUCACCAAAUAACAACAUUUCUACCCCCGGGUACGUCACUCCAAACAAAGCAUCUCCUGCCGGGUAUUUCGACUCAGCUGCACACCAGAGAAAUUUCAACGAAUCACCUCAGCUAAAUCACUUCAUCAACGAAGACAAGCUCAAGUCUUCACCGCAUCAUCUUAAGCAUCGCCACCGAGAGCAGGAUCAAGCUCGGGCUAUGGCGCAAGUCGUCAAAUGGUUAGAGCAGGAAGUCUUUAAGCCUUCGCCAAAUCAUCGUAGCAAAUCAAAACACACAGAAAAGCAUACAACGAAAACCACGGAAAAUAGAUCGAAAUCAUGCAACGACAAGCAUGAACACCAUCACAUUCAUGAACACGUACAUCACCACUAUCAUCAUUACAAUGAAUCCCCUGUUGUUGUUUAAUUGGCCUCCCACAAGUUGUUCGACAAAGUUUUCAAAACUUUUAACCCAAAGUAAUCGGAAUUGUGCUUUUUGCAGACUGCUUAAAAUUUAAAGCGUACUGGCUUAAUUUUAGCCCAAAAGGAAGCGUAUUUCUCCUUAGAAGUGAAAGCACAACCUAAUGUUCGAAAGUUUAGCUUCGUGGUUGGAGGAUGUUCACUUCAUUUGACUUGUUCAUCUUUUAGUUUUAGAUUUUAUUGAACUGACCUAAUGAUGAUCUCUUCAUCAAUUUCUAAGCAAAUAAAAUUGAAUCUCAAUGUUUUAUCUGACUACUGCCUCACUCAGCAAUUCUUGUUGAUGUGUGAAGCUUUCUAGACUGGCAUUUGAACUGAUUAAAUGGGUUUAAGUAGGAAUUUUGGUUAAUAUCAUCUGGAAACUUCGCCCUGCAAUUUUGCCAUCACGCUUUGUUUAGUAUCUUGAGUUCUGUGUUUGUAUCAUCUCUUGGGUAUGUAUUUAGUUCAGUUCUACUGAUGCAUUGUUACUUUGUUCCUUAAAUUUUUUUUAUAUUUUCUUGUUUUUCAAUUAACUAUUAUUUUUCCUUUCUUUCUUUCACUUUUAAACCUCAAGGUCAAAACCUUAUAAAAUUUAUCUUAAUUUUCAAUCAUAGCUCAGAAGACACGACAUCAUUAUUGUAUGUUUUUUACUUCAUUGUUAAAAAGCAAAUUGGCUGAUAAUGAUUGAAUAAACCUCAGGAAAAGUAGGUAUCCAUCACUUGAUGAUAAUAGUUUUCAUAGAAGCUGCCAAAAAUGUUUGCAAAAUAUUGUAUCUUUGUAAGAGCAAUGAUUGUAGAUGCGUACUGCUUUCUUGCCAUAUGUUUUUGUACAUAAUCUAGGAAUAUUCGUUUUUAUUUAUUUUUUAAUUUUGCACAGUUUUUAGCCACUGUAAACAUGUGUAGGUAAUCUAACAGUAUUUUAAAUGAUGCGUUUGUGAGUAUUUUCCUUGAUAAUGAAUUUACCGUGAGCACUCUCCACAAUUCAAAUUGCCAAUAGAGAUUUCAGUUUUUUCUGAAAUUUUUUUCAAUGUUCUUAAAGGAUUUAAAAACGGAACAAGGAGGAUCAAGAUUAGAGUUAAUUGCAAAGAAAAUCUUAAACUUCUUGAAUUAGAAAUAAAGAAAGACUUUAACCCAAGGUGAAACAUGAAAUUGAUUCUGCAGAUUUAAGUACUGUCAUCUUCUGCACAAGGAUACAUAUCUUAAUUGCACUAUUCCAGUAUUUUUUACUACCAUUUUUUUUAAUAGGAAAGUAGUAACAUGACUGAAUCUGAAAUUUCAAGUGAUUUUUCCUUACACAUGUAAGAAAAGAUUCGAAAAUUGCAAGAUAAAUUCGUGGGACUGCUCUCCCAUAAAGCAAUUAAAUAUUCACUGAAAUAUAGAAACUGCGCAAUCAAAAUCAUAUAUUUCUUUGUGCAGGAGACACUGAUAACACUUAUUUGAUUUACGAUCAAUUGAUGCCAAUGUGCUUAUUCAGCGCCAUAUGAUUCUUUUGCUUCCGUAUUUUCUGUUUUUGAGGAAUUAUCAAUUUGAGCUGAAGAAUUGUAGAGCUGCUGGAAUUUUCUGGUUGUUAAAGUUAUUUAACAUACCAGGUGAGCUUUGAUGGUGAAAGUUGAAAAAACAUCCAUCUUCUUUUUUUUGAAUCUGCAGAAUUCCUGUCCUUGCUUAUAUCUUUGGAAGAAUGGAAGGUCAUUUUCAUUGCAGAAACUUUCGGCGAUUUUCCCUCUCUUAUUCAAAAAAUAUUCUUAGAAAACGUAAUGCAACAACCAAAUACAGCAAUAUUGGAUGUAACUUUCAUGGAAGAAUGAGGUACAGAUAAAAAAAAAUGUUUAAUCACCGCAGUCAAGAUGUGUGUUUUUCUUCUUUCCUCAUUGAUGCAUAAAUAGGUAUGAUUUUACCUGUUGAAAUUCUUUGGAUUAUAUAUGUAAAGGCAUUACAUAUUUACCAUUUGGACCACAUUUUGCAAAAAGGAAAAAUUAUAUCCGAUUCAUUUUAGUAACAGCAUAUUUGCAGUAAAUGUCUCAAUGCAAAUAGGUGCCUACGUGAAUGUACCAGAACUAUUAGUCCUUUUUUUCAAAAUGUAGCUCAAAUUUCUCUCCUCCCAAGGUCAAUGACUCCUCGAUAAAUACUCUCAAACUUAGUUUGUAAAUAUAUAUAUUUGUAUAUAAUGAUUGUUUUCCUCUUUUUAUAAAUUUUUUUGUAUUGCUAUUUUUUCCUUUCUUUAUUUAUUAUUGUUUAGAAAUCAAAUUGCGAGAGUUGGUACACUCCAAAAAAGCACCCAACCCUCAAUAGAACGAAAUUUUACAUGAAAUUACCUAGUUUUACCUUGUGAAUUUUGAUGAAAAUAUCCAAAUGAAACAGCCGUUUGGCACUAAUCUUUGAAAAAAAUGUAAAUGCUGAAUCGAGACAAAAUCAAACUGAGCCAUAGCCUGUUGUGUAUUCUAUGAAAGGCAGAAAUCAUGCAAUUACUUAUCUCGACAUAUUAUUUAUCAUUAAGAUUUGAUAAUAAAAUAUUUCUCUCAUUGCUUGAGAAGAAACUAAUCUCAGCAAAAGACUGCAAACAAGAGAAUGUGUGUCAUUAUUUUUGUGCCCUCUCCUAAUUUCUAGUAUUACUUAGACUACAUCGUAUUAUUAUACAAUAUGUAAUUGCAUCAGCAGUUAGUUUAAUUUUGGAAUCCAUUAACGACUAUCAGUUCAUUUUAAUCAUGAAUUUUAAAACAAAAAUGUACUCUUUAUGAAUUUUACUGUUCGUUUCCUUUCCUUUUUUCUAAUGGCAUGUUGUUCUCUCUUCAUACUACUCAAAUACAGAGUGAUGGAAUUUUAAAAAAAUUCUUGAAGUGAAAUAUUUUUCAUUUAAUUUCUGGGCAACAUAUCCUGUACCCGCUUCGGUAAAUAAUCAGGUCAAAACAUUUCAUUUUAAUUGUUAACACGACCAAUAGAUUUUUUAAAUUCAUUUCAGGCUCUUUACUUUUUAUUAUAUUCAAGCUGAAAAAAAAAGAAUAAUAAUUUCUAUUGAAUCCAUGGCAGAUUUUAGUGCCAGCCAAGAGUAUGGUUGAGUCAGCUAGGAAUAUGGUGGACACAACCAUACCCUACUAAAACCAUAACUCAUCUGACCUUUGCAUGUCUCAAAUGAUUUCUGAAUUCUUCUGAAGGUACAAAUAAGUCAUUAGUUCUCAUUCCAUCAUUUAUUGUUUAUUGUAAUAACUCAUUAUUUUCAAAUUUUGCUCAAAGAUUCGCCUAAAGGUUUCAUUGUUCGGCAAGAGUCUAUUUUUGCCUUUCAUUGUUCCUGGCAAUACUUAAUAACAAUGUUAAGUAGCUAUAAUUUCAAUCAUGAUCAUGUAACUUCUAUUGUAAACUUUCUGAAACCCUACCUUCACUUUUUGCAAAUAAACUUAUUAAUUAUAAAAUUUA